GCCGCCUCCUUCCUCUUCUCCGCCAAACAAUGGCAGGACACACGCCGAGCGGAUCAUUUCUUCACCCAUCUCCAGCCUGUCUACUCUUUUUCAUUGUAACUUUGUCAACUUUGACAGCCUCAAAGUCUGAAGACAACUCUUCCUACCGUGUUAUUGUCGAUGUUGACCCAAGGAAGGGAGUGUCCGAGUUCGUGUUCACAGCAAAUGUCAGUUCGGACACCAACAGCGACCUGCUGCAUAGUAAACAGUGCUGCAGCUACACAUUCCAAGACAAUCGGACGGAGGAGAUCAUAUCGGUGUCUGGUUCCACAUCGGUAAACAUCCUGAAGAAAUAUCCGCCAACCAAAGACCUUCCAGCAGGCACGUACUCCAUGAAUGUAACAGCAUAUCUGCACGAGAAAAACGACACAAAAUCCAUCUACCCUGUUGCUACGAACGUCACCCAUUUCCACCUGACAGAGAACUUCAAUGGCUACCUUACUGUAAUACAAAGCCUGGUCUACCAAACCAACUGGUCUGCAUUUAUCAUUCACAAGCCCAUCUGCGUCUACUUCUACCUGACUGACCAUAUAUUUGGUACCUUCACAUACCAUUGGCAGAUCAAUGGGACCAUUGGCAAACACACUGAUAUACCAUUGCUGGUCUUUACAGCCAGUAAUAUUGGAUUGAGUCAUUUCUCCCUCCAUGCAAAGGAGACACGCUCAGGCUGGGAAGGUCAUUUCGACAGCGUGGUCCUAUUUCAAGCUCCUAUUGAUUCAGCUUUUAUAUCUGGUGACAAGAGAACUUUUGAUGGGGAGCCACUACACUAACCCUACACUUUAAAGGGAGUGGUCCUGUCCGGUUCUGCUGGACACUGCUUCCCUCACAGAAUGAAGCUGUGUGUAUUGAAGAUGUCCUGACAAAUGGCUCCCUCUCAGGGUCCUGUUCCAUCCUUGUACAACCAAACAACACCGGAACCUUCUCAUUGCUAGGCAACGUCAGUAAUUACAUCAGCUGGAGGAAUGUGAAAUAUUCCUUUGAAGUAAUACCAAAAGCUAAUAUCAACACCAUUGUACUCGUACCAGUCCUCAUCGUUGCCGUGUUCAUGUCAGCCAUGCUUUCCUACCUCGUGUUUCGAAACAGGAGGCAGAAGGUUCGAAUCGUCGAGGCAGCUGAUUUCGACUUCCAUCCGGAACUGACCGCCGAGAUCGAGAUGUCGUCGUCGUUGGCCUACAGAUUCUGUCCGGCGUUGUACCAGCUCUUUCAAAAGCUCCGCAGGAGCACCUGGGGAAGGGGAGGGGGAGGGCCCCGAAGGGUUGAGUUUGACGACAAAGUGCAGUUUUUCCCAUCUCGCAAACGCUCCCUCAGUGUGCCCACCUUGCAGACGGGACACACAAACUAUUACAGACAACAAUCACAGAGUUUAACAGAUCUUGACAGUAUUUCUGAUUCCUGAUAAAACAUUUUUCCUUUUUUUUUUGCCCUCUUUUUUUGCCCUUUUUUUUUUGCCAAUUUUUUUUGCCCAUUUUUUUUUUGCCCAUUAUUUCUCAUUUUUUUUCCAUUUGUCCAUUUUUUUUCAAUUUUUUUAUAUAAAUUUUUUUGUAAAUAAUAAUCAUCAUAAUGUUAAUUUCUAAUAUUAGUAAAUAGACACAAAUCUGGGAAAAAGAUAAAUUUGAUUUCAUCAACCCCACAGUGAUGAAUGGUAAAGUUAGUAUUCUAUUAUAAUUCCAUUCAUAUCCAGGAUGUUUUAUAGGAAUACUAAAUCAACCCCAGUAUACCACUGGUAUUAUAUUUCAUCGACCACGAGAAAGACGAAAGCUAAAUUAGCAUUAGUCUUUGUUCGUGAUUCCAUUCACAUCCAAGAUGUUUUAUAGGAAUUACUAAUUCUACCCCUGAAAGCAAAUGGGGUGAGGAACAACUUCGCUGUGCAGCCCUUUAAAGUUUGUUAAAUCUUUAUUCACUAAGACACUACAUUAAGCCAACCGGUGAUGAAACACAAAUAAAACAUUGUACAUAGACACUUCAAA